CUAGAAGGUCGAGGGUUGAGACUUGCUCCCAGCCUGCUUUAUUACAGUACGUUUUGUCGCAUGAAAAUGACAGCGUGUAGAAAAUAUUGCGUCACAUCAUGAAAUAUCCAAUCAUAAUUUAGUAUUUUAUUGCGGCAAAUUUGAAAACAUUUCACGUCGCAGUCGACUUCCGUUAAUCUCGAAAACCCGAUACUUGUUACCAACGGUUUUCGAGACUAACGUAAAACGUCCGUCGGCUUUGGGCCCGAAGAGAACCAAACGAACGAGGGGAAUAAAAGUGCUUGAAUUGUAAUGUUUAAUUGAUAAAACGUUGUCUGACGACAUGGACGACGUGGUCAAAAAUAAGCUUAAGAGCAAUGCCAAGAUUUACAGUAACACUUUGGAGCGAAUAGUUCAAAAGUAUUCAAAGCUGCAUGACAAUGGGACUGAGGUGAACCUGGAGGACAUAACACCCCAAGAGGUAGAGUAUGCAUGGUCAAGUCAGAGUUGGAACUAUCAAAGCUGGGAGUGUCAAAGAGUGAUGUUGACCUGGCAGAGCUGUCACUAGGAGAUGUUUUUGAAAUACACAAGCCACAGAACAUCAUUAGAGACUUCAAGAUGGACAUCUCAUACCACCAGGAUGAUCCCAACGAUGAUUGUGUAGAUGAGGGUGCUGGCCCUGUCAACAGUAAUGAUUCUGUUAUGCAGCAGGCUACAGAGAACAGCCACUUGGUGGAUAAUUCCAAACUGAAUGGGACUAGGAGUAGCCUGUGGGGUGCGCCAGAGGAGCUGGAGCGCUCUCUGAGCAGUCAACGUAGCACUCUACUGGACCAGUAUCCCAGCAUGGUCAGCCAGAUAGGAGAGGCCUGGCGGCGCCAACAUAUGUCCGACGUGGCUGUAGGGGUUUUGAGGAGGUACCACAGGCUCAGGUGGUUCUCUAACAGAAACCUCAAUAACCGCACCUUCAACAUCAGACCUGCUCACAGAAAGACUACCCUCAACAAUGGCCAAUCCUUUCUCCAAACACCUCAGAACACCAUACUGAAUGUGAGUAACCCCAAGAGUCCAAAGUUGAACCUCAAAAUGACAACAACCCACACCCAUCUUCCUCCACAGACCAAGGUCAACCUCCAGGAAUGGCCAGCAGAGAGGCUGUCCCACAGGAAGGGUACAGAUUCAGGGAACGGACAACCGUCCCACCCUGUUCUAGUGAUGGACUUCUCCUCUCGCCUCUCCUCUGCAGGCUCCAGUCCUGCCUCCUCCCCUCCCUCUGCAGCCCCCUCCCUUCUCUCUGCUCCCUCCUUUGCAGAAUCCUCUCCUCCCUCCUAUGCGGCCUCCCUUCCCUCUUCUCUCUCCUCUGCAGACUCCUCCCUACAGGAGAGCCCUGAGCCGGAGGAGCCCCCCUUAAACCAAACCUUCAUGGUGUCCAUGCCCUCUUCCCCAUCCCCCAGGGUUAGACAUACUACCCUGGACUUCAGUCCUGCCAGAUCUGAAGACACCUUCACAGCAGGAGGGUUGAGCAGUCCAUCUCUAAGUGUGCCCUACCUGCAAUUCCCCAUCAGAGGUUUUUCACAGCGGUAUGCCCUGUGGUCUGUAUGGAGAUGUCUUCAGACUACCGCUCCCCAGUAGCACAGAGUCCCUACAGAGCCAGACUGCUGAUCUGGGACGGCCAGCGUGCAGCAUCUAACGCCCACCAUAGAAGCCCCAAGUCAGGCUUUGCUGGAUAUCAUCAAAGAAACACUGUGGAGCCCAGAUCUUCCCCUGAGUCUUCACACUCCUCUCUUCAUAGGCCUCUGAUGCCACCCAGGAAGCCCCACCACCUGGACUCCUGCAAUCCCUCCCAGGUGAAAAUCCAAUCGUCUAGAUCAUCAUCUGAUCAUGAGUCUGGGGCAGGCCAGCCAAGGCUCCGGCGACACUAUUCCCUGGAUUCCUUCUCCCCAACAGUCAGUCUCUUACGAAACUCUGCUAAGCAGAUUGACAAGGACUUCCAGAAGCUCUACCACAAGCUUGUCUGUCAGGGCAAAUCCUCCUCCUCCUCCUGCCGUACCUGUGAGAGGAGAGCAGAGACCACCAGAGGAACCUCCUCUUCAGCUCUGGCUGCCUUGGCCCUGUCUCCUCACCACUCUGUCAUGAGGAAGCGUCGCAGGGAGCUGGUCCAAGAACAGUCCCCAGAGUCCAAACGUUACAGGGAUAGCUCCUUUGCUUACUCCCCAGGAUCCCUCCGCCAGAGGGUAGAAAUGUUCAGGUGCCAGAACCGCUCAGACAGCCAUUUGUCCUCCAACCAGUGGUACAUCUCCUGUGACAUCUCCUGGAGCCCCUGCAGGGCCAGUCUGGCUCAUACCCACUACAACCCCCAUCAUCAACAUCACUCAUCAAAUGUAGCAGUCAGGAAAACUGAAGGCUCCUGGCCAGGCCUGCAUGUUGAUCAGCACUCUCCUGCUUGGGUAAGGGUCUUCCACAGAAACAAUGUACAUGCAGUCCAAGAGAAAUUAUAAUGUAUGUCUUAUUUUCUAACAUUGCUUUCAUCUCUGUCUGCUGUCUAGAGAGAGAAAUACAGCCAAUUUGUUGGAAUUCAUCAAGGUUUGUCUAGUCUCAGGGGAAAAAAUCUACUUGUCUAAUCUUUGAUUGACCACUUUGGAUUCAGUUCUGAUGAUAAUUUAUUCCUCCCCUCUCAGGAAAGUCAAUUGUCAAGGCAGAGUGCCAAUGUGGCUGUUCGCCAAGGUAACCAUGACCUUAUUCAGAAAGUAAUAUGUUCUGCAUUGUUUGUCACGUUAACCACCCUCCCAUCUUUCCCCCAGUUUCUCUAGGAGACAGCUUCUGUAUAAAUGAUGUCAACCCACAGAAAGGCUAUCCUUUCCUGCACCUCUACCUGAGUUUUUUUUUAUAUGCCAGAGUUGAAAACAUCUCUGCUGUUUAUCUGCAUUUGAAAACAUACUUAGGAUGUCCCAAUAACCAUGAACUAAUUUGUUAUAAUGAAAUGUUUAUGCAAUGUCUUUUUAUAUACAGUACCAGUCAAAAGUUUGGACAAACCUACUCAUGCAAUGGUUUUUCUGUAUUUUUACAUUGUAGAAUAAUUGUGACGAUUUUUUCAAAUCAAAGAAAUAACACAUAUGGACUCAUGUAGUAACCAAAAAAGUUUAACCAAUCAAAAUAUAUUUUAAAUUCUUCAAAGUAGCCAGCCUUUUCCUUGAUGACAGCUUUGUGCACGCUUGGCAUUCUCUCAACCAGCUUCACCUGGAAUGUUUUUCCAACCAUCUUGAAGGAGUUCCCACAUGUACUGAGAGCUUCUUGACUGCUUUUCCUUCACUCUGUGGUUCAACUCAUCCCAAACCAUCUCAAAUGGGUUGAGGUUGGGUGAUUGUGGAGGCCAGGUCAUCUGAUACAGCACUCCAUCACUCUCCUCCUUGGUCAAAUAGCCCGUACACAGCCUGGAGAUGUGUUGGGUCAUUGUCAUGUUGAAAAACAAAUGGUAGUCCCACUAAGCGCAAACCAGAUGGGAUGGCAUAUCAUUGCAGAAUGCUUUGGUAGCCAAGCUGGUUAAGUGUGCCUUGAAUUCUAAAUAAAUCACUGAAAGUCACCAGCAAAGCACCAUCACACCUCCUCCUCCAUGCUUCACGGUGGGGACCACACAUGCGGAGAGCAUCCGUUCACCUAAUCCGUGUCUCGCAGACACAGCGGUUAGAACCAAAAAUAAAGAAUUUGGACUCAUCAGACCAAAGGACAGGUUUCCACCAGUCUAAUGUCCAUUGCUCGUGUUUCUUGGCCCAAACAAGUCUCUUCUGCUUAUUUGUGUCCAUUAGUAGUGGUUACUUUGUAGCAAUUUGACCAUGAAGUCACGUGGUCUACUCUGAACAGUUGAGAUGUUACUUGAACUCAGAAGCAUUUAUUUGGGAUGAAAUCUCUGAGGCUGAUAACUCAUGAACUUAUCCUCUGCAGCAGAGGUAACUGGUUCUUCCUUUCCUGUGGCGGUCCUCAGGAGAAACAGUUUCCUCAUAGCGCUGGAUCGUUUUUGUGACUGCACUUGAAGAAACUUUCAAAGUUCUUAAUUUUCCGUAUUGACUGACCAUGUCUUAAAGUGAUGAUGGAAUGUCGUUUAUCUGCUUAUUUGAGCUGUUCUUGCCAUAAUAUGGACUUGGUCUUUUACCAAAUAGGGAUAUUUUCUGUAUACCACCCUUCUCACAACUGACUGGCUUAAAAGAACUAAGGAAAUAAAUUCCACAAAUUAACAAGGCACACCUGUUAAUUGAAAUACAUUCCAGGUGACUACCUCAUGAAGCUGGUUGAGAGAAUGCCAAGCGUGUGUGAAGCUGUCAGGGCAAAGUGUGGCUACUUUGAUAUAUAAAAAAAAAAAAACUUUUUGGAUGUCUUCACUACUAUUCUCCAAAUGUAGAAAAUAGUAAAAAUAAAAACCCUGGAAUGAGUCGUGUCCAAACGUUUGGUACUGUAUAUACACUGCUCAAAAAAAAUAAAGGGAACACUAAAAUAACACAUCCUAGAUCUGAAUGAAUGAAAUAUUCUUAUUAAAUACUUUUUUCUUUACAUAGUUGAAUGUGCUGACAACAAAAUCACACAAAUAUUAUCAAUGGAAAUCAAAUUUAUUAACCCAUGGAUUUGGAGUCACACUCAAAAUUAAAGUGGAAAACCACACUACGGGCUGAUCCAACUUUGAUGUAAUGUCCUUAAAACAGGUCAAAAUGAGGCUCAGUAGUGUGUGUGGCCUCCACGUGCGUGUAUGACCUCCACGUGCGUGUAUGACCUCCCUACAACGCCUGGGCAUGCUCCUGAUGAGGUGGUGGAUGGUCUCCUGGGGGAUCUUCUCCCAGACCUGGACUAAAGCAUCCGCCAACUCCUGGACAGUCUGGUGCAACGUGGCGUUGGUGGAUGGAGCGAGACAUGAUGUCCCAGAUGUGCUCAAUUGGAUUCAGGUCUGGGGAAUGGGCGGGCCAGUCCAUAGCAUCAAUGCCUUCCUUUUGCAGGAACUGCUGACACACUCCAGCGACAUGAGGUAUAGCAUUGUCUUGCAUUAGGAGGAACCCAGGGCCAACCGCACCAGCAUAUGGUCUCACAAGGGAUCUGAGGAUCUCAUCUCAGUACCUAAUGGCAGUCAGGCUACCUCUGGCGAGCACAUGGAGGGCUGUGCGGCCCCCCAAAGAAAUGCCACACCAUGACUGACCCACCGCCACACUGGUCAUGCUGGAGGAUGUUGCAGGCAGCAGAACAUUCUCCACGGUGUCUCCAGACUCUGUAAUGUCUGUCACAUGUGCUCAGUGUGAACCUGCUUUCAUCUGUGAAGAGCACAGGGUGCCAGUGGCGAAUUUGCCAAUCUUGGUGUUCUCUGGCAAAUGCCAAACGUCCUGCACUGUGUUGGGCUGUAAGCACAACCCCCACCUGUGGAUGUCGGGCCCUCAUGGAGUCUGUUUCUGACCGUUUGAGCAGACACAUGCACAUUUGUGGUGUAAAUGUAAUGCUGGAGGUCAUUUUGCAGGGCUCUGGCAGGGCUCCUCCUUGCACAAAGGCGGAGGUAGCGGUCCUGCUGCUGGGUUGUUGCCCUCCUACGGCCUCCACGUCUCCGGGUAGUGCCUCCAUGCUCUGGACACUACGCUGACAGACACAGCAAACCUUGCCACAGCUCGCAAUGAUGUGCCAUCCUGGAUGAGCAGCACUACCUGAGCCACUUGUGUGGGUUGUAG